AUGGGCCGCCUCACAACUCUCAUGCUCAGCGCCCUCGCCAGCCUCGCCGCCAUGGCCCAAGCCGACUGUGACGAGGGCGCAAUGCAAUGCGGUCGACAGCUUAUUGAUGACGAAGGCUACACCCAAGCAGACCUCAUCGCCAUCCUCAACAACACGCAACAGCCGUAUGACAACGACCACAUCUUCGAAUCGAUCUUCUACUGCGACUCUUCGAACAACGGAAACGGCUGGGUUUACUAUGAGUGGUGUGGCGGCCAGGAUAGCUGUGUGGCGGGCGGUGAUGGGGAUGAUGCUGGGUGCGCCGCGGCCGUGGCUCGAGUCGAUGGCCGAUAA